GAUCCGUCUGUGCAGAUCCAUGAUGGAUCCGCACCAAACGCGAGUGUGAAAGUAGCCUAAAUUAUAGGAAAGCGUCUUAGCAUGAGCUGUGCUGAGGACAUGAUCACCAGGGACGAGAUCCUGGACUGUACACAAAUCUUCGCCUCCCUUGUGCUGCUGUUAUUCCUGAUGUCCCUGCCCCUCCAGCUCUCACUCUCUCAGCACCAGUCCUAUCGCAGACUGUUUCCUGUGCAGAGUCCUCCCCUGUCACGUAAUGCAGCCUUAUUGGUCGCCCCUGUCACAAUAUCUCGCCCUGGGCUGGGCCAGCUCCAGUAUAUUACUGACAGGCUCGUGGAGUCCUGAGUUUACAGAAGAAACACUAUCUAGCUGCAAGCUUCCAGAUAUUGCUUGCUUUGUUAGACUCUUAUCGGAUACUACAUAUUCAAACAGGAAAAUGCCCAGGAGGGAAAGAGAACUCUUUGGCCCUUGGCUAAUUCGACAGAUCAACAGCAACGAAUUUGAAGGUGUUCGGUGGUUGGAUGAAAGUCGAACAUUAUUCCGCGUGCCAUGGAAGCACCUUAAUAUAAGAAAUGCAGAUGAGAGGGAUUAUGGGAUAUUCAAGGCUUGGGCUAUUUGCAGUGGAAAGUAUCAUCAAGAUUUUGAGGAGCCCCCUACUUGGAAAACAAAUUUCCGUUGUGCCCUAAAUCAGGUGCUAUACCGCAACACUAAAAUGUUCUCUGAAUAUAAAGAUAAUUCAAGUGACCAAAGAGAUCCUCAUAAAAUAUAUAGGUUCCAUGGCGCUCAUGAUGAUCUGCCGUCAUCAAAUCCAAUAGCCGCCACCUUCAAUGAAACCCCAAAUAAUCCAGAAGAGCAAAGUCUUCUCGAUGAGUUAAACGACGAAGACUACACACUAGACAUAAGUCCGAAUUCUGUACUGGAUGCCCCAUUUUCCAGUCCUGAGGAAUCGGAAGUCAUUGCUGAGCUAAUGAGAAAUAUUUUGCUGGAGCCAACAGAAAACAGCAUACAGCAAGUACUAAACCUCUCACAGGACGAGUAUCCUCAAGGUGACCCACAUGUGGAUCAGGUUUUCAAACAGUCCACACAUGAGCAGUGGGCAAAUUCACAAUUGAUGGAAUCACAUGUUGUUAAUGGCCAUGAGCAAGCCCCCCACGAGGAGCCGUCCAUCCAUAUUCCAGUAUUUCGUCAGCAAUGUGAACAAUACCAAAUGUGUAACAUUUAUCCGGAUGGAUACCCACAAAAUAUGGCUGUGAACCAUUUCUUCCAACAGAUGUCUGCGCUCCCACAUUUCCAACAACCACCAGUUCUUAAUGGUUUGGUUUCAGGACUGCAUGAGCCUCCAGUCAUUCAACAUAAUGGAUACCAACAAGCGACACAAGCGACUGGCAACAAUGGCUGUCCACAGGAUGAGUCACGAGUAGUCCAAAGUAUCAACCCUUCGCCAAAUUAUUCCUAUCAUCCCACCAAUGAAGAGAGUGCAAGAUCAUCACCGGCCGGUCACAAUAUACCCAUUGUUAAUGGAUCUGGAGAGGCUUCUCCACCAGAAACCCAAGCGACCUUACUGAGUCAACAAAGGAGAAUUCCAAUUCCUCUCACAUCCUGGGAAGUUACUAUAUAUUAUCGCGGAAAGGAGGUCCUAAAAGAAAAUGUGUCCAAAAAAUUCUUCAUCACAAGAGAUGUUGACGAUGUCCAUAUAGGGGCAACAGAGGCUGUCCAAUUCCCUUCAACAGAUGUGCUUCUAGAUCAUGAACAGAUGAAGUACACUAAUGUCAUCCUCAGCUGUGUUGGAAAAGGUCUUCUAGUGGAAGUCGAUCCUCAUAAUCACAAGGUUUACGCUACAAGAACGGGCAAGUCAAGAGUUUUCUGGAGCCUUUCUGAAAGUGUAAAAACCCAGGACAUGGCUUCAGAGGCCAAGAUGCUCAUCAGAGAUGUCCCAACAGAGAUAUUUGACUUCAGCCAGUUUUGGGAAGAGUUAAAAGCUUACCAUCACCACAGAAGGUCAUCACCAGACUACACUAUAUAUAUGACAUUUGGACAGACUCUGCUUGAGCCGGUCAUGAAGAAAUUUGUUCUAGUGAAGCUUGUUCCGAAUUUUUGCACAUUUAUGCAUCAUUUUGCCCAGCAGAAUGGUGCUUCAUCGCUGCACUCAGAGGUCGUCAGUCUUCAGAUCUCAAACGGAAGUUCCUUCAACAGUUUCGACCUAAAUGGGCCUUGUUUAAUGGAUCUUGACCUCCCCGAUUUACUUUAAGGUGUUCCUGUAUUCUCCGGAGGUUCUAAGGCCCUCUUGUCUUUUUGUAGUAGCAGGGAGAGGAAUGAUACGUUGUUGCCCUUUAUGUAAAACUUAUUCUCUCUUUGUUCUAAUGUUUUUACUAUUUACCUAUUUGAAAGGGAUGGCCAGCUGUUCACCUGAAGGUACAUGCAUGGGAUGUGUCAUCAAUGGACAGCAGUGGUCUCCUCAACAUCCAUAGGAUGGUAGGGUAAAAUGUGGGUGGUCACAAUCACAUGGUUUAUCCAAGUGACUGCUUCCCAAGGUUGUUCUUGAUGCAUCCAUUUCUGUGCAUGAACAGUAGUUGAAUGCAUCCAGCGCUGUGCAAAUACAGAGAGCAGAGUCGCCUCUGUCUGCACUUGCUCAGGACAUGUUAAGUUUCUGUUCAGCAGGUGUGCAGAAGAAUGUUCAGGGAAAAGUGCAGAAGCUUUUAUGUGGUUAAAUCAUGUGACCGCUGCCAUCUUACAUGGACGCAGAGACCAUCACCAUUCAUUUUUUAGACUUGUACAUCCCAUCCCUGGACAGCAGGGCAUCUUCAGGUUAACAGUUGAGGUAAGGGAUAAGUCAAGUUACACCUCUAUGUGAUACAACAUAGCGGUUUAUGGCAGGUUCAGUAGACAGCCCCUUUACCCUCAAGGCCCCAUGCUGAAAACUAUGAAAAAAGGGCCAUCCUCGCCGAUAUCAACCAAUGAGAUCACUGAAACUUGCUCUAGAAAAAUAUAAGCUGCACUCUGAUUGGUUGCACACUGACUCUUACAACAAAAAACACAUGUGCUCACCUGGCCUCAUGGAUAGUGCAUUCCUGAGGGAAGGGCUGUUACAGGUGGCGUGCUGGGUCACCUCAGUUUAAGAGGCGCUACUGGAAGCAUGUAUAGCAUGCUAUACAUGGACAUGACAUUGUAUAUUGAAAUAUAUGUAGAUAUUUAACUUAUUUUUAGCUACAAUGAUUACUGGUUAACACAUUUUAACUACACUUUAUAGGAGGAUGUUCUGCUGGUCUGUUGGACUUCUACCAUGUGGAGAAGUUCUUCUAAAAUCAUAUCUGUCCUGGAAGCCUUUAUUGCCAGGGUGGCCACACAUUUCACUGAAGAGGAAAUAUAGUAUCACUGUAAGGGCUCAUUCAGCCGGCCGUGUGCUGUACGCAAAAAUGCCGGUCCGUUUUUUUGUGGACAGUUACACAUUUCCACAAAAUAAAUAAAGCCACGUCCUGAUUUUCACUGACAAGUAUAGGACAUGUUUUAUUUGUUUUGCGGAGCCAUAGAACGGAAGAAAAGGGACCAAUCGGAGUGAAUAGGUCAGCGUCUAAUCCGCAAAAAAACGGAUCCGCAUUUUUGAGAGAGAGCAUACGGCCGUCUGAAUGAGCCCUAAGGCUGGGGCUACAUGGCAAUGUUAGUGUACUGUCCAUCGCUGCAUAAUGAAAAUGAAAGAAGUUGUGUUUCUAUUCACAAGCUGCAGCAACCACCACACCUGGUUCUCCAGAAAUCCAGCAGGCUUAAAUUUGUGGCAAUUCACGUGUGGUGGUCGUAGCAAAUUGGGAGUUAAACGGUGACCUCAUUCACUUUGAUUUCUAUAAGUAUCAAUAAACAUAUGCAUUGAGUAACUGACUUACUACAUCCAAUGUAACUGAGAUUUAUGCUACACCACACCUGAAAGUGGCAUAAAAUCGCGUAUGACAGUCAUGUCAUGUAAAUAUAAAGUAAUAAAAAUCACAUACAGCAAAAUUCAUACUCUGCUCAUAAGUCACAUGAAAUUCUUUUUUUCAUGGGUUAUUAUAGAAACUACAUAGCAAAUUACCUCGCCGCCCCCUUUAAGUGGCCCGGCUGGUAUUUGUUUUAGAGCCCAUAAAACCAUAUGCAAGUAACGCAAUAAAAAUAGAGGAUGAUCUUUUAUUUGUAUUUUGUAUAAAUAGUUGUUAUUUAGUUAGAGAUAUUUAGUAAGUUUGUUUUGUUAAUAGAUAUAUAUACAAUAAAAAGAAUAAAACAAC